AGAUAGAAACAUUGCCCGGUCUUAUACCCACACUUAAGUUGUGUAUUUACAAAACCCUUUUCCCCUCCACUUGUUAUGGUUGGGCUCAAACUCGAGCUUUAAUUUUUAAUUUCCCAGAGUGGAAUACAUAAAACACACAUUGACUUGUUAGCCCGAUUCUCGCUCGUUUAACAAAGUAGACGUUUCCCUUCAAAUGGCGCACUUGUGAAAACUUACCAUGUUGUUCAAGCGACGAAGUGUCUGAUCUGAACUGGAAAAUAUUGUCAUUAACCCACACAGUAAUUUUUUAAUUACACCAUUCUUACGUUGAUUCUACUUGAAUUUCUUUGUAAUUUAUAAAUAAAACAGUUAGGUCUGAAUCAGUAUAUUCAAUAAAAAUUCAUCAAAAUUGUUAAGUUAUAGUUUGAAUUGUCAAAUUUGGAAUUUUUUUAAAAACAACUCAGUUAUAUCUAACAAACUCAUUGCAAAAAUUUAUCAUAACUUACUACUCUGCCCUUUUUUUAUAUCCAAAGUAUCCAGAGUUUUAUCGUGAGCAGUUUAUACCCAUCUUAUCAAGAAAAAUUUACAACAGUUGAAAUAACUUUAUUACUAAAAAGCUCAUUAGAAGAUUUUCUAUUCCCACUAUGAACUUGAACAGAAGCAUGAACAGUAUGGAAUUGCACGAGCCCCUUCCGCCGGAAUUGAGACCCCUGAAGACCCACAAGACCAAGUGCAGAAGUACAGAGAGCAAUACUUUCGGAAACCUCAAGGAGUACGUGCUGGUGUUUGGGAACAGACAUGCCUCCUCCACCUGCAUCCAGAACAUGCUCCUAUUCGCCCUCAUUCUGGCGCUCCUCUCCCUCUGUCUCAGCGUCACUCUCUUCAUCCAGAAGGCACAGCUGGAAACAGAUGUGGACCUGCUGAAGAAACACGUGGCAGCCAUUAGUCGGGGGGCUUACUCACAUAAUGAUUUGGCAGCCAGUUCGCAGCAAAUUAUCGGAGGAUUUGUCCCUGGAAACUGUAAAUGUCAAAAAGGUGACACAGGUAAAUCUGGAAACACAGGGUCAAAAGGCGACAGAGGCGAUCGAGGCUACCCGGGACCAAUGGGCCCUGUCGGACCAAUUGGAGCUUCGGGUAAAAACGGAUUUCCGGGUCCUGUGGGUCUGACUGGUAAAAUGGGCAAACCGGGUGUGAAGGGAGAUCCAGGGACUCAGGGACCCAAGGGCGACCAGGGUAUUCGUGGACUGCAGGGACCUCAGGGACCAGCUGGUAUAAAUGGGCUGACAGGUCAAAAGGGGGAACAAGGACCCCCCGGAGAACAGGGUGCAAGGGGACCCCCUGGACAGAGGGGGGCAAGUAGCGGAGUUGAACCUCCAUUGCCUUUGUCUGACGAUGAGAUCGAAAAGAAAGUAAAUCGCUAUCUUGCUGACAAAGAUUUGAAGGGACCAAAAGGUGACCGCGGAUCUCCUGGCAUAUCUUCUGGAAAUGAUGAUUCAUGCAAUCAGUGUGUUGUUGACCCCGAUGAAAUCGUAAAGAAGCUAAAUAUGUCGGAGUUGAAAGGUGAAAGGGGUCCGAUGGGACUGAUUGGACCAAAAGGCGACAAGGGGUUACCAGGAAAGGACGGCACAAAUGGUUUGCCUGGUGAGAAGGGUAUCCAGGGACCACGUGGUUUCCCAGGAGUGAAGGGCGAGUCUGGACUACGGGGACUUCCUGGUCCAGUGGGUCCGAGGGGAGACAGGGGAGAGGAGGGAGUGACUGGACAAACUGGUCCACGGGGAGACAGAGGCAGCCAAGGGGCAAGAGGAGAGAGGGGCGAGAGAGGUCCCCCCGGCAGGCCCGGCGAGAAGGGAGACAUUGGCCCCCCUGGAUUGGACGCCCCAUGCCCACUUGACAAAAAUGGAUUCCCGAACUGUGGACGAAAAUAAAUUCAACAUCUGUUACACAGUUUCUGCGGUUUUUCUAGUUCUAUCAAACUGAGUGAUCUAAGCAACAAUUAGUGUUCCAGUGUCACUUUUUCUUGUGGAAAAUGUUAACUUGAUGAAUCAAAGGGACCCCAUGUUUGUCUUUUUGUAUCAUAAUUUCAAUUUUAAAUUGUUUGAAAAAGGUUCUAUCAAUCAUCACAA